GACGUUAAUAGUAAGGAAAAAAGCAUGACUAAUUUUCCCAAUAAUUGUCCACUCUCAUUCUGUUCCCUGUAUUGGCAUCAUGAUACCACCGAUUUCUUUUAUAGACCACAAUCAUCCAAAAUGGUGACAGAUAUUCACGAUACUGUCGCCGCGAGCGACAAGAGAAGAUGUAGAACCAAUUUGCGAAACGCCGAGUUGAGUAAACGUACAUUUCGAAUAUUUUUGGAAAAACAGAUACUCUCGCACAUGGAGAUAGAGAUUCAGAAAAAUAUCCACGAGGCACAGAGCCCGUUAACAGAGCCCGGCUUUCACGAUAAUAAAAGCAAUUAUUUUUCAUUGAAUCACGUUCGGCUAGCGCUUCCCCCAUCGCAAACGAUCACAUCCGAGAGAAGGUCGUGCUUAAAAAAUCAUUUGAGUUUACCGGACUUGGGAACCGACCUUCUACCUCCUGGCGAUAGAGCCACGAACGCCGGCAACUAUGCUAUUGUAAACUACGACACCGAUUCUGAGAUUAAUGUGUGUGGUAAUUUUUUUCGCAGCAAAUCGAAGAUUACUACUUACGCCAUACCUGUAUCUAAUCAAAAUAAUUCGUGUCCUAAAGUGAACAAGGCAUUUAAUAAGGGCUCCGGCCAUACGUUGAUAUAUGAUAACGGUCCGGAGUGGUUUCAGGAUAAUGAGACUGUGUCAGUCCAUGGCUCUCUGCUAAGUGAGACUAUUUCGGACGGUAGUACAUAUAGCACUGUAGACGCGAGAAACAUCAAUCGCAGACGAUGUCGUUGGAGACGUAUAUUCUUUUGCUGCGUUAAUUGAGUUUGGCACGCGUACUAUUAAUUAAAAAAAAGGAAAAAAAAUUACUUUAUUAGAAAAUUAUAAUAUAAAAGCUAAUAUUGACUGUCUCUCUCUCUCAGUAAUGUUGACUUAGGAUGCAUCUAUCUUCUAAUAUUUAUGUAUUUGCUGUAUCUCUAGAGGCUUCAUUUAUAUAUAAUAAGUUCUUUUUAAGUUUCACAAUUAUAAUAGAAUAUAAAGCAAGAUUUCUCUCUCUCUUUCUCUUUCUAUAUAUAUGUACAUAUAUUAUGUAAAAAUUCCGUAUAUACUCCAUAAUUGUACAGAGAUUAAAAAGCCUAUAUUUUUCA